UGAUCGAAACUUCUAAACGAUCCGAUUAGCAAAAUCCCAGAUGAAAAAUAUCGAUUUCUCUCUCCAAAAUCGGCUCUAAGCACAGUUCCCCAUAUAAUCCAGGUCUGGUUUUCAAAAGCAAUUCCGUGUACUCCACAGCAGAGCCGCAGUUUCUUUGUCCGCGAUUUGCACAGCCUACCAACCUCUGCACUCGCAGCCGCGUCAAGAUCGUUGAGCUGCAGGCUGCCUUCUCCGUCUCCAUGGCCGCAGCAUUGCCCUCACUUGCCCCAUUACUCAUUUUUGCCAGAAUUUUGGGACUGCUUGUUGCCGUUCUGAUCUUCGUUUGGGCUCUUGCCUUCAGUUCUAGCUUCGGCCAUCUUCCCCCCGCCCCAGAUGACCGUAUCUUCGAUGUUCUGCAUCCUUUGUUCAUGGUAAUUGGUUUCAUUCUACUCAGCGGAGAAGCCAUUUUGGUUCAUAGUUGGCUGCCUGGUUCGAGGAAUUUGAGGAAAUCUGUUCAUCUGAUUCUUCAAGGGCUGGCUUUGACUUCUGGGUUUUUUGGAAUUUGGACCAAGUUUCAUUGGGAUCGUGGCUUUCUGGCUAACUUCCACAGCGUACAUUCUUGGUUGGGUUUGAGCGUUUUCACUUUGUUUGGAGCUCAGUGGAUGAUGGGUUUUCUGAGCUUCUGGCACUGGAGGGAGGUGAGAGCAACAAGAGAAAGAGUGCUGCCAUGGCAUGUAUUCCUUGGGCUAUACAGUUAUGCAUUGGCAGUGACAGUAGCAGAAACAGGGCUUCUAGAGAAGCUGACAUUGUUGCAAACAAAGAGACAUGUCCCUAGAAAAGGCCCUGAAGCCAUGGUUGUCAACAGUCUAGGCCUGGCCUUGGCUUUGCUCGGUGGAACUGUGGUGCUCACUGCUAUAUCUCCUAAAUAUACUCCUUCACUUCCCACCAUCAAACAGCCAUUUGUCUCCAAUUCAAAGCCUUUGUCUUCUUAAUAAACAGCCUUUUCUGCCGUUUUUCUUCAUGUGUGUAAGCCAUAAAACCUUAUAAUUUCCAGUAUACAAGAACUCUCUCUCUUUCUCUCUGCAUAAUGAGUAGUGUAUAAACAAAGAUUAGGGAAUUUUGGGCUUAUAAAGUCAUUUGGUAUGGUUUGUCAA